AUGAGCGAAAGAAACCCCGAAUUCUCCAGAACGCCGCAGCCUAAUCCUGCCGGACCAGUGCGUCUGCCAGGCGCUGUCUCUUUAACGGGAGAAAAAUGGCGUCACCGGAAUGCGCUGCAGAGGGGCAAGCCCUGUGUGUGUGUGUGUGUCGCAGAGCUGAGACUGGUGGUUCUGGGGAAGACUGGCUCAGGGAAAAGCUCGUCCGGGAACACUAUCCUGGGCAGAGAGGCAUUUAGAGCAGACAUGUCUCCUUCAUCAGUCACCAGUCAGUGUGAGAGACAGGGCGGGAACACAGGGGGGAGGAGCAUCACCGUUAUCGACACGCCCGGGUUCUUCGACACGCGCCUCUCUCCGCAGGAGGUGACCGCAGAGGUUGGGAGGUGUGUGGUUCUCUCGGCUCCAGGGCCCCAUGCAUUCCUACUCGUGCUCCAGCCCAGCAGGUUCACCCGGGAGGAGCAGACCACUCUGGACUGGAUCAGCGCAACGUUCGGGCCACAGGCCCUCAGAUACACCAUCGUUCUGUUUACGUGGGGAGACCAGCUCCGUGGCAAAGCCAUUGAGGACUUUAUCAAAGAGAGCCAAGAUCUCUCUGAGUUUGUGAAGAACUGUCAGGGAGGGUGUCAUUUGUUUGACAACACCAGAGAUGUGAAGGACUCUAUGCAAGUCACACAUCUUCUGGAGAAGAUCGACAACAUGGUGGAGAGGAACGGAGGCGGCAGCUACACCUGCGAGAUGUACCAGGAGGCUGAGAGAGCGAUCCGAGAAACACAGGAGAGGAUUUUGGGAGAGAAAGAGGAGGAGGGACAUUUGGAGGAGAGAAAAGAGGAGGAGGAGGCGAGGAAGCGAGCAGAGAGGCUGUUCUGGAUGGAGUUACUCACAGCCAUGGGAAAGGGAGCGGUGGAGGCCACUGGAGUGAUGGAGAAAGGGAAGGGUAAAGGAAAGAAAGUGAAAGUUGCACAGCGAGCUGCUGCUCUCGCCUCCACGCCGCUCUCCCUUACCUCCGCCGCCAAGGUGGUAGGAGGAGCAGUGAGGGAGGGCAGCAAAGUCUUAUGCAAACACAGGAAAAUGUUUUUUCACUGA